AUGCCUUCUUUGGGCCAUACUAGAAACUCUGUUGAUCAUGGGUUUGGCAAUACAAAAAGAAAAUAUUCUAGAUCAGAGAUUUGGUGUAUUGGCCAAUUUGCUGAAGUAAUAGAAAGAAGUUCACAUAACAACAUUUCUAAAUAUCAUCUUUUUCAAUUUAGUUGUGAAAGGUCUGGUAUAAUAAAAGCCAAAGUAAAGGUUACAAAUUCUUGGGAUGAAUUCCAGUUAAUUAAACAAGGUGUUGAUGUAAAUUAUCUAAACUCUCUAGUGCUUCCACGAAAAGAACUUCUAGCAGAAAAACAAGUAGACUUGUGA